AUGCCUUGGAACUCGCUGCCCUCAGUCGCAUUUGCAAUAUGCACCCACCCCUUUCGCGCCACCGAAUCCGACGACCUCCCACUGCAGAUUGGCGACCACAUCUACAUCAUCGAACAGGGCGGCCGCUCCAACGACUGGUACCGUGGCUACUUGGUAGCUCCCCCUUCGCUGCUCGCUGGCUUGACCAGUGAUCGCGGACAACAAUUGGAGCAUCGCGUCUUCUCGGGAAUCUUCCCGGUGAAUUGCGUCGAGGUUCGCGAAUACUUGGGCAAGACUCAACAUGAAGCGGCGGCGGAGAAUGGGACGAAUGGAGCGCACGAUGAGGAGGAUGGCGACGAGGAGACAUUGGCCAAGAGGAGGAGCCAGGCUUUACAUGCAAGAAAGCUCAGCAGGAGACUGAGUCGCAAGAGGAGCACGCGAAGCUUGCACAAGAAGACGAAGUCCUUGCUCGUACCAAACGAGCCAAUGCCACGAGAUCCAAACGCGCCCAAGCCACUUGCGCCUGUACCCUUACUCCGCGUUGGCGACGAAACUGCGCUGUCUGGCGCAGAGCCAUUGGUGGACGAAAUCGCAUCAUGUCUGAGGGAGUGGCACGAUGCGCGACUGCACGAGUUACUGCUGGCCCCGGGUUAUAGCCAGCUGGCGAGAGUGCAGGACCUGAUCAAGCGGGUGGACAACAGCAGAAAUCAGCUUAUGCAUGAUGUCUUGACAAUGCGCGAACUGGCAGAGCUAAGAGAAGAUACCGUGUGGGAUUUGGUGGCUGGAAACAAGAUGCUCAACGACGAGAUCAUCGUCCGAAGUCCCACUGAGAAAGGCAGGAUCCUGACUGCGGAGGACUCUGUGAUUGAAAUGACAAAGCUCCAAGCCAACAUGAGCAUCCUCGACAGACCGCCUAAGCCAGUGUCGGACAAGCAUAUGCUGUAUCACCUCUUGGUGGAUGUACGCAACCUCGUCUGCGACUCAGACCAGCCUGCGACUCUUCAAAUGGCUCUGUUCACCAAGGACCACGGAGAGAUACCGAGACCUGUCAGUGAGAACUACGCAAUUUCAGUCCCGAUACCCGUCACGCCAUCGCAAUCACAAGAGGAACAAGCUAAGAGUCUCUUUGUGAAUUUGAGCAACCUCGAUGUUGGUAUAGGCGCAGACAUGACCUCGUUGUAUGUGGUCUUCAAGCUGUUGAGGGAUGAGCCGGUCCGUCAAAUGGUUCACGGGCAAGGCCUCUCGCAUCAGCACAAGCCAUCCCUUUUGAGCAACGCCAGCAGCGACAAAACACCUACAGUGAAGGGCAGACGGAGUGUGUUUGGUAGCCAGAGGAAAAGAGACCCUCACGCGCGGACUCCUUCCAAUCUUGAUGUUCGACCCAGCACGAGCCUGUCACAACGCUCCGAGCAAACCGACGGACGUUCAAGCAGCUCGAACGCGGAAGUGCCUCCUUCAGCCGAUGUCAAGACCGUUCGAAGAGCGAUUGGUGUUGGUGCGAUCGAUAUAACGAAGGUUGCUCAAGCCAAAGGCCAAAUGGAGAGGUCCAUCACCUUGUGGGUCCCAUCGAGCGCGGCGGACGACAGGAGUGACGAAGGCGAGGACUGGGCUGAAGUCAUUCGAGAAUUGCAGCGCAGCCAAAGUGGUGGCUUUGCGCGUGUAAGUCUCAUCAAGCGAUUGGACGUCUUUGUCAAGGCCUUUGCAACAGCAGACUUGGAAAGCCUGGUUCGCAACACUCCGCAACUGCUCCACGACGUUCUCAUGACACCAAAGCUUGGCUUCUCUGGUGUUCCUACGGAAAAGCGGAGUGACAUUUACCUGACACUGUCAGAGCCACGCUUGCCUCGAAAUGCGACUCUGGCACACUCCAAAUUCGGGGCCGUACCCUUGAACCAGCGUUGCCAAACCAGUCUAGCCAAUCUCCAACUCACUCUUGAGGUGAGGAAGGCAAAUGGCGAGCGCAUUGAUGACUGCAUCUUCACUGCGUCCAACCAUCAAGGACACACUGCUUGGCGCACGACCGGCAUAGAACGAGGCGAAGGAUGGAAUCAGACAAUUAGGCUGGCCGUGCCCGCCGAACAGGUCCCUGGAUGCCAUGUGGUCAUGAGCAUCGCAGACUCGCCGAACUUCCCCUUUGCACUUGCUUGGGUACCACUCUGGGAGUUUGAAGCUUUCGUAAGGGAUAGCGAUCAUCAAGUGGCAUUGUACGUCUACGAUGAGUACUCGUCGAGCAUCAUCGGAGGCAAAGGUGCUUACCUUGCUCUUCCACCUUGGCAUGACAAGAACGAUCCCGCGCAACAAAACGCCGCAACAGUCUCAUUAAGGACUUUCUUGUGCAGCACUGAGUACUCACAAGACCCGACGUUGCUGGGAGUUCUCCACUGGCGUAAUUACCAUGGCGAGCAAUUGAUUGAGCUACUCGAGCGCUUCCCCUUCGUUCCCGAGAUCGAAAUUGUCAAGCUUCUGCGGGACGUCUUUGGUGCGCUCUUCGAGAUUCUGCAUGAAUACGAGACCAUGGAAGAGUACGAGGAUGUUGUCUUCUACAAUCUCAUCGUGAUCCUGAGCAUAGCCAGAGACAAACGAUUUGGACUUGGUAGAAUCAUCGAAGACUACGCUACGACACGACAUGACUGGCCCAAUGCAAGUCGAUGUCUUGUUCGAGCCUAUCAUCGUCUUGUGUCCAGCCCGAUGGAUCCAGACGCUUCUCGAAAGCUUCGCGCAACGUUCAAAGUGGGUGAUCAGAUGCUCAAACUUAUUGUCGAGACAAACAAGCGGUUGGGGGUGGCAGAAUCUACCGAAGACCAGGUCAACGGGUCGCCGCAAUCUGACGGAAACACUGAGCUCAUGCGAGAGCUUCAGAAACUUUUCGUUGCCAUCAUGGCAUUACUGCGGAACCCCAUGCCAGUACUACUGGGGACACAAACGCUCCUUAUACAACAUUUUCACUCCUGGUUACCUGAGCUGGAGUCGCUCAUGAGUCCUGCAGAGAUCUUGGAGAUUGGGACCGAUCUGUUGGAUUCAUGCUCCCGCGCCAAGGGCAAGAUGAUCUUGUAUAGGCUGAUUCUGAUUGCGAAUUAUAGCCAUCUAGAGCUUUUCAAACUGCCGGAGACUAGGACCACCUUGAUUGCGAAUACUUUCAGGUGGCUCGAUCCGUACUGGGGCCACACUACGAACGUUGAUCAGCAGUAUAGAGACCAGGUCCGCCUUUGCUGCUCGGUGGUAGCUGCGCAAAUGGAGGAACUGGGUGAAGAAAGCUGCCAAUAUGUGCCGAAGCUGACGGAUUCGUUCAUGGCGCUGCAAAACAGCCCUCCUGCACCCAAGCGUGUUUUCAGCAUGCUUUUCCCAACAACAUACCCAUUCCCGUCCAAACCAACCAGUCAAGACAUCGCCAUAGACGAAGGGCUACUCGAGAUCUCGGCUUUGCUUGCGGCAGCAUUGACUUCUGAGAGGAAGCUCUACUUCGACGCCAAUCAAGUCGACAUCACGAGCGUAUUGCUACAAGCACUCAAAGUCGGACAGAGUAUCCUGUCUUGUGAAGCAUUCCCUCGAAGCUGGCUUAGUUUACUGGUCUGUCAUCAUCGAUACGGCAUGACUGCGUUGGAGCGGAUAUCGGAUGUUCUGGUUGACUCGUUACCGGAUGUAUACGCUGCCGAUACCUCGCAAGCGCUCGACUUUGACACGGACAUCUGGCGGGCAUUCUUCAACACGCUCUUCGCCUCACUGAGCAGCCCUGCUCUUGCGAUGGAAACCUUCCCAGAGCAGAAGAGGAGGGCUGUCUGGAAGAUUGCAGGUGACGUACGCGAGCUCGGAGCGAACCUGCUCACGCGAAGCUGGGACUCGAUCGGGUGGGAGACAGAUGGCGACACUGCACGAUUGCACGGAUUCGAGAAGCUGGGUGGAUAUCAAGUGCAGUUCGUGCCUGAGUUCGUGGCACCAGUCGUGGAGCUUUGCCUCAGCGUACAUGCCAGUCUGCGCGCGGUUGCCAUUGAAGUGCUGCGGUCUAUGAUUGUCAGCUCCUGGCAGAUCGACCAAGAUCUCUCUGUCAUUCAGACCGCCAUGAUCGAUUGUCUGGACAAGCUGUGCCGGACGAAGAGCGUCACCGAGAAUGUAUUGCAAAAGACAUUCGUCCCUGAGAUGCUGGAGCAAUUCAAACCACUCCAGCGUACAAUCGAGGACAGCCUGUACAUUGCUGUUGUCGAGAUGUUUGGCAAGAUCGACGAUCUCCUUGUCAUGCUCGGCAGCGUCCACCAAGGCGGCAACAUCAGCGACGCAAGCAGGCUUGUGGACACCUUGCAUUUGAUGGAGUUCCUGCGAGACGUUCAGUCAGAAGAGGCAUACAUCAGAUACGUUCAUCAGCUGGCUGACAUGCAAAUCAGCAGCGGGAAUGUGACCGAAGCUGGCUUGGCUCUUCAGAUGCACGCAGACCAAUACGAGUGGGAUCCAUCACAGUUCCUGUCGGAAAUGACAGACCCAAAGAUGCCUGCCCAGACAGCCUUUGAACGAAAGGAGGCCCUCUACUUCCAGAUCUGCCAACACUACGAGAAGGGCAAGUCUUGGAAACGAGCACUGGCCGCGUAUCGAGAAUUGGCUGUUCAAUACGAGCUCAACGUUUUCGACUUUGCGAAGCUCGCACGUGCUCAACGAGCAAUUGCGGGCAUCCAGGAGAGAAUCGCCAGUGGCGACAGGUCCAACCCUCGCUACUUCAGAGUUGUGUACAGAGGGUUGGGCUUCCCUGCGACCCUACGUGACAAGCAGUUCAUCUUUGAAGGUGCCAUGACGGAUCGACUGGCCAUGUUUGAAGACCGCAUGCAACAGCUCCAUCCUCAAGCCCAAGUACUUCGUCAAGGGGCUGAGCCGGAGGUCGAAGGUCAGUUCUUGCAGAUUUAUGCAGUCGGUCCAAACAAAGACCUCGACCAUAUGGUCUAUCAGCGCACCAAAGUCUCGCAGGCGGUCAGAGAGUAUAACCUCAUUGCGAACCCGAUCAAGUUCGCCACGACAGCAAGGCAACCUGCUCGUGAUGUGCCUAUAACAGAGCAAGUCGUCGAGAAGGUGCUGUAUACCACCGCUGAAGAAUUUCCAACGAUCCUGCGAAGGAGCGAGAUUGUCAAUGUCGAGACUGUUACACUCUUACCUAUCGAAGCUGCGAUUGAGCGCACGACGAGGAAGACGCAAGAGUUGUUGAUGCUGGAGAAACAUAUGGUCUCGCGUGAGGAUGAGAGUUCCAUGGAAAGACUCACAGACGACCUGCUGAGCUCUGUCGAUGCCGACUCGGAUACUAGCGUUGCGCGAUACCACGGUCUGCUGCCUGCCUCAGAGAUUGCGGACAACACCUCUGGCGAGAUCGACCCCUCGCUCUAUGGCACCGAGCAAGCACUGGAUUCGAUGCAGAAUGCACUGAAGGUCGCUCUGCUCGAUCAUGCCCUCGCCAUCAAGCGAUGUCUCGGCCUGUACAAAAAACCACAAUACCUCCCGACCAGGGCAGAGAUCGUGCCAAGAUUCGAAGCGACCUUCCAGCACGAGCUCUCGAUCCUCUUCCCGCAGAGAGAAGGCGUCAUUGAGGAUGUCAGUCCACGAGCUUCUACGACGAUCGACGCACUGCCGGGGACGGAAAGCAAGCAGCAGGCUUCCGCGGGCGCGCAAGAGGAGCAAGAGCCGGAGAAACGCACGGGAGGACGACGCAUGUCGCUGCCGUUCCUGCGACGAGCUUCGUCCCGGCAGGGCCGCGAGAAUGGAGUCCAAGAGAGUAAUGAGGAGGGCAGGAGAUCCCGUGCGGGCAGCCGUGGACGAGAGCGGAGUUCGAGCAGGUUGAGUUUCUUUCGUAAGGAUUCGGAGCAGGAGAAGGAUGGGGAGGGUGGUGGUGGCGGUGGUGGAAGUGGGGGUUUCGGGGGGUUGAAGAAGAGGUUGAGUUUUUUCAAUAGUAGCAACUCGCGUCUUGCGGGUGAUGGUGGGGCCUAG